CGGAAGCGCGCCGGCUGCGUCUCAAUCACGUGAUUCAAGAUGGCAGCGCUCGCGUCCUCGAUGCUGAAGUCUAGAGCUUGCACUCUGUUGUCAAGUCAAACACCCACAGUUGUAUUGUCGAGAUUUGCUUCAAAGAAGUCCGGAGGAAGCAGCAAAAACCUUGGAGGGAAGAGUGCUGGCCGCAGAUACGGUUUCAAGAAACAAGAUGGGAACUUUGUGCAUGCCGGCAACAUCCUUGCAACACAACGUAAAGGUUUAAUGCGCUGGCAUCCUGGAGCCCAUGUCGGUAUUGGAACCAACAAAACACUUUAUGCCCUAGAGGAUGGUAUUGUCAGGUUCUCCAAGGAGGUGUACAUUCCUCCACCGCGAAGUGAAGAAGCCCGGGACGUGAUCCCAAAACUUCCCAAGGGUGCAGUUCUUUACAAGACCUUUAUCAGUGUCAUCCCCACAAAACAGGAGAACACAUUUAAACUUGUGGACAUGGUGUGAGAAAGACUUGCAUCAUAACACAUUUUGGUCUGGAUUCUUUGGACUGGUUACCCACUCUGGAAUAUUUUGAUGCUGUCUUAUCAGAUGUCUGAUAAUAUAGCUGGGGGCCUGCCACACUCACUUCAUCAGUGAAAUAUUUAAUGUCUUUGUUUUUGUACAGUUAUGUCCUUAAAUGUGCUACUCUAAUUAAAGUUUUUACUUAA